AUGUUAAAUUACGAAAACCUUUAAUUAGCACCAAAACAGUUUAGAUGGUACUUGAUACAGCUUCAUACUUUGAAUUUAAUUUAAGGAACUGUCUUUUGCUAAUAUUAUCUCGAUAAUCUGAUAAAUGGAAAAUUGCCAUUCACUUUGGCAUGGUUUAGAUGCUCAUAUUUAUUUUUUAUUUUUAUACUAAGUUUAAGUACAUCAAUACUUUAUGUCUUAAUUAUACCUUAACUAAUCACUUUAAAUUAAAAGAACAAAAGAGAUUUUAUAAGUUAAUUGGAACAAUUUUUAAAUUUUGAUUUGAAUUUUUAUAUGAAUGAAUUAUAAUGUUUGCUAGAAAUUUUAUAUUUCUUAGCAUAUUUUUAAUUUCUUAAAAAUUCCAUGACUAGUUAAGAUGAAGAAAUCAAUUAUGUAAUGUAAUAUGAAUAAUAUAUACUAUUAGAAUUACAAUUAAUUAUUUGUUUUAUAUUCAAGUAGUUAAGCAAUCAAUCAAAAUAUAUUUAGAUAAGAAAUUAGAGAAGUCCAUAUUAGAAGAGUAAUUAAAAAAAAUCAUUGAAAUUUAAUAAUUGAAUGAACAUAUUGAAAUUAAUAAAGAGCUAUGUCCAAUAUGUCAUGAAUACUUCAAAUUCAAAGAUCUCAUCGCUUAUUACUUGUGUUAAGGAAAACAUAAAUUUCAUAAAGAAUGUAUAAUUUAAUGGUUAGAUUAAUCAUCUAAUUAAAUAAAGACAUGUCCUAUUUGCAGACAACACGCAUCAAUUAAAAGUUAACUUAUUUUAUGA